AAUAUUUUUUUAAAUGCGAAAACUAGAAAAAAAUAUAGGGAACCCAUUUUAAGGGGCUUUCAGAAAACUGGACCACCCUGUAUCUACUUAUCUGAAGAAAAAUUAUGUUUACCAAUAAUUUAUCUAAUUCAACUUGUUUUUAAAAUGAUUUCUUACAUUAUAUUAUUAAUAUGGUGUCAUAUUGGCAAGUGCUUGAAUAUGGGGUCUAUUUUCUUCUAUUGUUCUUCAUGGUGCCAAUUAAAAUUGAAAAUGAUAAUGAUUUGGAAUUAUUUUUAAAAUAUAUUCGCGAAUUUAACAAAUCCUAUAUCGAUGAAGAGACUUUUAAAUUACGAAUGAAAGCUUUUAAGAUGUCUUUGGAAGCAAUAGAUGUAUUAAACAAGAAUCAAUUUAAUUCUACAGCAGUGUACGGUCUUACAAAGUUCUCAGAUUUACUUCCAAAAGAGUUGAUAUAUUCAACAAAUAAGAACCACAAAUCCAAGUCACCGAGAUCGUUUAAAAAAAGAUCGUACUGGAAAAGAAUUCCACGAAAAAUCGAUUGGAGAGAAAAAGGUAUUGUUACAAAAGUGAAGAAUCAAAAAAAUUGCGGUGCGUGUUGGGCGUUCUCUAUAAUCCAAACGGUUGAAUCCAUGAUGGCUUUAAAAUAUCAGAAAUUAUUUGAUCUCAGUGUACAGCAAUCAGUAGACUGUUCAACUGAAAAUUUCGGCUGCUUAGGAGGUGAUAUAUGUUAUUUAAGUCACUGGUUGGUGUACAACAAUAUUUCAGUUAUAGCAGAGUCGAAAUAUCCUUACACUGGUGCCAAUCAAACUUGUUUAAAUACAAAAACUUCUGGUGGCAUACAAGUAACAACAUAUUCCUGUUCAAGUCUUGUUAAUAAUGAAGAUAAGAUGUUGGCCCAUCUUGCCUACAAAGGGCCAUUGGCUGUAGCAGUAAAUGCACUAACUUGGCAACACUAUGUAGGUGGAAUUAUUAAGUUUCAUUGUAACGAUAAUUUUGAAGAUUUAAAUCACAGUGUCCAAAUUGUUGGAUACGAUUUAAAUGGUGAUAUUCCUUAUUAUAUUGUUCGAAAUUCUUGGGGUAAUGAUUUCGCAGAUGGGGGUUAUUUGUACAUAGCUGUUGGGAAAAAUAUUUGUGGUAUAGCACAUAAAGUUACAGCUUUAGAUGUUUUGUAAUUUUAAUGGUCUAUGAAAUACAGUAUAUUUUUUAUA